AUUUAAUUAGCGGUAUUAACAGUUUUGAUUUUCGAAACAAAACCAAAAAAGAAAUUUCAAAAUUUUUGAAUUAGAAACACGAAAGCAGGUAUUAACAGAAACAAGGAAAAAAAAUGGAAGCUGCAAAUUUCACCAGUCCUCUUCAGGCAGUGCAAACGAUUUCAAUAUUUAGUUAUUUAAAUACAAUCAGCGAUUAUUUAUUCAUUAGAAAUUUUUUAAGUGAAUCAAAUCAAAAUCAACCAAUACCAAUUGUUAAUGCUCUAUAUAAUUACAUUUUCGACGACUACGAAGAAGAUAGAAGUAAAUUCAUUGAACUAAAUUUAUUAACAACGCAAAAAAUGAUUCCAAUAGAUUACAAUAAAUACAAUUAUUCUACCAUCGAAUAUCAUGAAAAUCGUACCAAAAUUAUCAAUGAACGAAAAAUAGAUUUAGCAAGAAAAUUAAUCGAAGGCACCGAUUUGUAUGGUGCGAAAGAAAAUGAAAUUCUUGAUGAGGCAUUCAUUGAUUCUUUAUACAAACACAUAAUUACCAAUCUUGUUUUUAAGAGUUAUACAAAUAUUUACGGAUUUCUUGUAGAGAUUGUUCGUAAUUCUAAAGAUAUAAAAAUAAACAAUUUGUAUGAGAAAAUUAUUUUCAAAUUGUCGGAGGAAAUAUUUCUCACCGAAAAUGGAAGAGAAACAAAAUUAGAAGAUUUGUCGGUUUCAAAAAUUGUGGAAGAAUUUAUAGUGCCUUUGCUUCCGAAACCAAAGAAAGAAAUGAAUUUAACGGCAGUGGAUUAUAUUUACGCAGCUGCUGGAUCAGUGUUUUUGAAUUCUGAUAAAGAAAAAGUGUUGCUAACAUCUGUGGAUUUGGUAGAAAUCGAUUUUACUACUGAUGAUCAGUUUAUUAAUUAUGUUACAACAGCACAUGUUAUUGAACAAUCUGUAAUUGGUGGUAAAAUUGAUAAAUCAGCUUUGGGGAUUUUUGGACUACCGGCACUACUUUAUUACGUUUACAAAGAGAAAGAAAUGCUUCGAACCCAAAGUACAGGACAAAUAAUUAAUAAUUCCACUUUAAGAAUUGAAGCCUACAGAAUGUUGUUCAGCUAUCUUAAUAAGACCUUUGCCCAAGUGGAACAAGCACGGAAUAAUGAUUAUAGAUAUCAAUUUUAUGCUGCUUUGUCAAAUUUUAAAAAUCGUACAACACUGGCCAGGGAGAACAUUAGGAGCAAAUGUUCCACGGUCAAGGACGAGGAUUUCGAGCAAGAGGUUCUUAAAUACAAAAAUAAUCCUGAUGAUUAUCAAUGUAAUAAUGAAAACGGGAAAAAAUUAGAGGAUGUUAAUCUUCUUUAUCAGGAACAGGUUAACAAUAUUGCUGGAAAAUAUUUGACUUAUGAAAAGGAAUCAAUUAGGGAAGCUUUUGGUACAGAUUUUAUUAGAUCCGUAGAUGCUAAUAAAGUAGAAAUAUCUAAGGGUUUUAUUACCUCUACUGCUAAUUUUAUAAAUUACCACGUAUUUCAAUGGGUGAAAGCUUCGGCCGAUUUGUUCCAAUUCAAAUUUAUGCAUAGUGGAACAAAAAUGUAUUUUGCUGUUUUAAGGGAGGAUAACGAAAUUUUGUUAAUGCAACAAAAUGAUGCUACUUCGAAUUGUUCUAAAAUUUUUAGGGGUGCUUCGUCUGAUAGUAAUUCUGUAGAUUCUGCUGGUUCUGCAUUAGCUGCUAAUACUGCAGAUUUUUCUGGUCCUGCAACUGCUGUUGAUUUUGCAUCAUCUACUAAUUCUGCAACUUCUGCAGAUUUUGCAUCAUCUACUAAUUCCCCUGCCUCUACUGGUUCUGUACCAAAUACCGUAAUCCAUUGCAACCCUGAUGCUUUUCGUGAAAAAUUAGAAAUGUCCAAAUCCGAAGUGUUUCAAAGCAAUAAUUUUCCGUAUGUUAUGAAACGCAAGGAUGAAAAGUUCGAAGUCUUUCUAAACCGAAUCGCAGAAGAAAGAGCAAAGAAUUUUAAUAAAAGUCUCCAACAAGAGGGAUACGAUCAAACAAGAAAAGAAUGGUGGAAAGAUUUUGGAUUAUCACUGCUUCCGUUCUACACCUGUAUUCAUGGAAUACGAACGAAAAAUGUCGAGGAAGCUGUAAUUGGCUGUUCACUCGAUGCUCUAUUUGCUCUGCCUCUAGUUGAGGAAAUUGGCUAUCUAGCCGAAAAAUUAACAACAACAAUCACUAGAUCGAUUUUGUCUUCUGUAGGAACGACAUUUGGUACCCUAACCCUAAAAAUGACAAUACGAGAAACAUUGGAAAAAUUGGGUAGCGUUUUGCUAAUCCAAGCAGCAGAAUUGUCUACCUUCUUCAGUAGGGAAACAUUUCAAAAUGUCGGUCUGUCAGUACUCCGUUACGUCGAUCCGGGUUUUGAACUUAUUUACACGAUUGGCAAAGGAGGAUGGAGAUCCAUUAUCACCACAAUCAGUACUCUCAAAAAAUAUUCUCCUACUUUUGUUUCGCUAGAAAAAACCUUAGCGGAAACCGAAAUCAAAUUAUCGGAUUCCUUGCUAAAAGUAUCUAAUCUCAACGAAAAGGAAGUCUACGUAAAUUCUCUAUCCGUAGCCAAAAAAUCAGGUUACGGUUACCAAUUCCUUCGGUUACCAAACAAACAAGUACAAAUUAGACAAAUUCGUGAAUACGGAGACAAAAUUCCAGUUGUAGUUGUUCACGAACCCAAAACAGGCGAAAUUACCUACAGGGCAAUAAACAUGGAUACUGGUCGAAUAAAACCAAAAUUUCUACAUCUUCAAAACCAAAAUUUGCCAAAAUCAGCUUCGUCAGGCAAAGUUAGUAUAAAAAGUUUUCACAACGUUGAGAAAUGUUUAAUUUCAAGGUUUCGACGAUCUCCCUUCAAAUUUUUCUGUCUACGAAAUAUUCUUCGGGACACACGUCGAGUUGCUGAAAGAAUAGCUGUUGAUUAUACCCGACAAAAUACACUCCUAUCAUCAGACACAGUUCAUUCCACAUUACGAAAAUUUGCCUUUCCCGAAAAUGGCGAAUUCCAAAUGAACUUCGUCAAAGACUGGAGUAAUUUACAAAAAUCCGGAAGAACAGAAUUACCCCUUUGGAGCAAAAAAUAUGAAUUAGCAGAUCCUGCUCUAUUUGAAAAAUUAAGAUACUCAGAUACUGUGGAUAAAAAAGAAAUUACAACCAUUGAAGUAGUAAAAAGAUUAUCAUCACUUUAUCCCGAAGAAAUUGAGUCAAUAUCAAAGGAAGCGAAUUUUAUCAGUAAAUUAUACAACGCCGACAGAGCAUACGAAUCAGUGUCAAUUGAGGAUUACUACGCAAUUCGUGAAUACAUGGGUUCUGGAUAUCGUUAUAUUGGCUAUAAUACAGUUGCAGCUAGACAAAUGCAAGGAGCAUUUUAUCGUUUAGCAAUCCGUCAAUCCGACGAUCCUAUAGAAGAAUUUGAUAAAAUUUUAUAUCGUGGUGAAACUAGAACACCUGAAAUGAUUGAAAAAUUAUUUUUCACAGGUAAAAAGGAAAUAGAAUUAAAUCGUUUUACUUCAACUUCGGAUAAUAAAUAUAUUGCGUAUAUGUUUCAAUUUCACGGUAAUAAUGAAGAUGGUAUGAAUGUUUUUUAUGAAAUAAAAUUUUCACAACCAUUUUUAAGGGCAAAAAUUAUGAAUGUUGUACGUAAUGCAGGUGAAGGAGAAACGGUUCUUCUUCCAGGUAGUAAAUUUCACAUUGACGAUGUAAAAAUUGUUUCCCUUGAUGGAAGAGGAUCAGUUGAAGUGAAAAUGUCUUUUCAACAUGAUGCAUUUGAAAAGCACGAAUGGUAUAUUAAAAUUAUGAAUGAAUUGGAAAAAUUGAAAAAAAACGGUGUCACUUCCUAUGAAACUGAUCCAAUUCAUUUGUGGAAUUCGUAAAAUUUUUAAUUGAAAAAUAUUUUUUUAUGAUAGUUUAACUAAAGAUUUCAUAAUACUCGUUUUACAUAUUUAUAAAUUGAUAUCUAUAAUAGUCAAUUUAUUAUUCAUAUUUGUUUCGAGAUUACAUAUAUUUAAUACUUUAUAUAAUCAUUAAAAUUUAUAGAACACGUUUUUGAAUAAAAUUAUAUCUAGUAGAAAAAAGAAAUUGUAUAUUAAGAUUUAUGAUGUGGAAAGAAGUCAUUUAAUAAAGAAAUUAUGGAACAUUA